AUGUUUCAAAAAUUGUUACAUUUAGGCGGAUUUGCAGCUAAAAGUCGAAAAGUCACAAAAUUACACGGAGAUGCGCCAUCUGGCCUUACCAGGAAUUCGUGAAAGAUGUUUGAAUUUAAAUUACAAUACAAGAGGAAUUCCUAUUAAAAAAAAAACAGGUUUGGCUUAUUUAAUCGUUCUCCCCAUUAAAUGAUGAUGAUCUCACACCUUGUAAAAACCAAGAUGAGCAUCGCAUAAAAACCGGUAAAGGUGUGACCUUUACCGGUUGAUCCGAACAUUGUUCAUUAAUCAUUAUUGCAUUUGAUUCCUUCUUAAAUGCAUAUACAGGAUGAUAAUAAAACUUACUACCUAAGCGGCCUAAUACUGAGCGCAUGUCUAGAACAAUUCCAGGGGCCUUAUUUACUCUGGAGGUACUAAUAACUAUGGGAUAAAUAGUGGCCACCCUAUAUAAUUAUUAUGUAUAAAUUAGCAUUUUCACACACUAUAAACUCCAUAUUUACGUACGAGGUUUAAAAUAGUUCAAGAUCAUCUUCUGGUGUUGCUUUUGGGUGGUUUCUUAAGACUUUCACUUUCAGUCUCGCACUUACGAUCCGAGUCGAAUAUCCUCGAUUAAUCAUAUUUUAAAAUCGAAGCACGUCGUCGUAGCUUAUACAAUUUAAAUUUCUAUUUUUAAUUUGAAAUUUGUCGAGUAAAUAUGCUGUCACGGGUGCUUCUUAUUAGUACUGUCCUGUCGAUAUCUUUUGCUGGAAUAAUUCCAGUGGAAGAAGAGUACAGUACCCCACCAGCACCGCCUAAGCCCUACGCGUUCGGUUAUGCCGCGGGGAGGUUUCCGGGACACAUCGACAGGACCCAUUCUGAAGUUAGCGAUGGAUCUGGGGUAGUACAAGGCUCAUAUUCGUACGUAGACCCGAGCUUCCAAAUCCGUAAAGUCGAUUACGUGGCCGACCAAUACGGUUUCCAUCCAGUAUUGAAUAAGAACGUGCCCGAUCUACCGAGCGACACGCCGGCAGUGGCGGCGGCAAAGGAGCGCCACCUGGUGCAGUACUCGAGAAUCGCGGACGCUCACCAACACGCGCCACAAGUGGCGACCCUGCCUGUGGAAACCCGAGCGGUGCAGUACGCGAAAAACAAACAUUUCGAUUUAUUUGAAAAAAUUGCGGAGGAACACGCGAGGAUCGCCGCCGAGCGGGAGGCUCAACAUCCCAACUCGUUGGAGCAUUAACUAACAUAAUAUUAAAUAUCGUUAAAAUAGAAAACUGUUAAAAAUUAA